UAAAGGGACUUCCUCUUCAGCCCUUCUCAGGCUAUAGGCCUGGGCCGCCAUUUUGGGCCAUUCGCCAAGGAGACCGCCUCGAAGGCGGCUCUCCCGUCUCGUUUGGGAAGGAAGGCCGGCCUUGUCCUGAACACCUACUCUCAGGAAGCUUAAUGCAACAGUGAUGUAGGCAUGCGGGAAAACAAAAUGGCGGAUUCUAAGGUGAUAUUAACAGCAAAUGAGAGCAGAGAAGUGAUAAAAUUCUUGUUUCUGCAAGGAAAGUCAGCAAAGGAUAUUCAUGGUGAUAUGUUGCAGACAUUGGGGGAUCAAUGCCCUUCAUAUUCUACAGUUAAGAACUGGGUUGCCAAAUUUAAAACUGGCCACGUCAGCACCAAUGAUGAGAAACGUCCUGGACGACCGAGAGUGGUUGUUGUUCCGGAGAUUGUCGAUGCUGUUCACAACCUCAUACUGGAGAAUCGGCUAAUUUCAGCUAAAGGAAUAGCAGACAUCAUGGGGAUUUCUCGUGAACGUGUUUGUGUCAUUAUCCAUGAACAUUUGAACAUGAAGAAGCUAUCUGCAAUGUGGGUCCCAAAAUGUUUGACAACAGAUCAGAAAAACAUGCGAGUAAAAACUUCUCGGUCCAUUUGUCAGCGUUUCUGGACUGAUGAGAACUUCCUGGAUCAAUUGGUCACUAUGGAUGAGACCUGGAUUUAUUUGUAUGACCCUGAAACCAAGGAGCAGUCAAAAGAGUGGAGGCACAGUGGUUCUCCACGUCCAAAGAAGUUCAGGGUGCAAAAAUCAGUCACAAAGGUGAUGGUGUCUGUGUUCUGGGAUAAGGAGGGCGUGCUGCUAGUGGACUACCUUCAAAAUGGUUCCACCAUCAAUGCAAGGUAUUACAUUGAACUUUUGGACCAGUUGAAGGCAGCUCUGCAGGCCAAAAGGCGAGGCAAGCUGUCAAAAGGAAUCUUGUUCCUGCAAGACAAUGCCUCUGCUCACACUGCACAAGAGACCAUGGCAAAAUUGGUGGAGCUUGGCUUCCAGCUGGUUGACCACCCACCUGAUUCACCGGAUCUAGCUCCCUCCGACUAUCAUCUGUUUCCAAACCUGAAGAAACACAUCCAGGGUACCAAAUUUCACAUCAUUUCUGAUGCCAUGGCUGCUACGGAUGACUGGUUUGAGGCACAACCAAAAUCCUUCUUUUUGCAAGGCUUACAGAACUUGGAAUACCGAUGUGUUCAAAUGGUGUGAGGUUGGUAAUCGACCCAGUGGAAUACAGAGCAGUCAUCAAGUUCCUUUACUUAAAAGGCCACACACCAAAAAAGACGUUCAAAGAGAUGAAAGAGGUUUAUGGUGAUGAUUCCCCAUCAUAUGAUGAAGUUAAGAACUGGCAUAAUCAAUUCAAAUGUGUUCAGACUUCAGUGCAAACAGCUCCAAAUCCAAGGUGACUCCACUCUGCUGUUGAUGAACACACCAUCCAACAAGUGGAGGCCGCCAUUUCGGAAAAUAGCUGCCUAACCAUUUGCCACCUAGCCCAAAAUAUCAAGAUUAGUGUGGGGUCUGUGGAAAAAAUCAUUCAAGAACAUCUUCACAUGCACUCACUGGGUUCCCCGGCUGCUCACACCUUUCCAGAAGCAGGAACUAGUCUAAUGUUUUCAGGCUCUAUUGAUGAUGUGCCAUGGUGUUGUAUGUCAGCCUGUGAUUGUGCCUGAUGUUCAUGUUGGGCAUGAUGUUCAUGAUGGGAAAGGGGAUGAUGUUCUUGAUGAUGGGCCUGGGAAUGAGGGUUUGCUUCGGCCUGAGCUGUCUCAGGAAAAUUCACAGGGCCACAUUCUUGAGCGAGGACCUUUGCUGCUUUUCUCAGAAAAACUGUCCAUGAUUUUCAGGUGCAGGAGUUAAUGAGGGAGAAGAUAUUGAAAGCUCGGAUAGAAAGCAGAGUUUUGGUAAACAGAGGAAAAGUCUUCAGAGACUGAGACAGUCGGUUUGGCUACAGCAAAGGAGAGAUAACAAACCUUUAUCUAGUGGGAAGGUCAAGAAGAAUGCUAUCUUUUAAGUUUUGAGAUCUGGAAAUGCUUUAUAAUGAUUCAUGGAAGAGAGUUACCUCAGUCGGGUCAAC